CGAGGAUGGGGGGGGGGGGUUUGUUCUGACAGCUUCAAAUCUGCCUCUCAUGGCUGUCCUGCAGGAGUCCCUGAAGGCUCUGUUCUUGGACCACUUUGAGUUUAAUUUCAUAAGGCAUAUGUAAUAUCAAACUGUACGGAGACGAGGCAGUGAUUUUUUUAGAAUCAUAAAUUCUUUAUUAAUCCCGGGGGAAAUGUGGUCGCUACAGCUGCUCUUAAAUGCAACAUAACAAAUAUAGAAAAAUAUAGAAUAUCAUCAAAUAAAAAUAAGCAAUAACAACCAAAGCACGGACUAUUAGUGAUGUUGAAAAGCUCAGGGAGGAGAUAUGAAGGAUGUAAAUAUAAAUAUACAGAAGACAUUGAAGAAGUGUUGAUUCUUUUACCUGUAAUGAGUGACGUCAUGAGGAGUGAAUCAUAAAAAGACUUUAACACAGAAUCUGAGAGAGCAGCCCUGAGACAGAAAAACGGAACAAUGAUUAAAACAUGUUCACUUAAAAUAUUUGUCUAAAAAUCCAAGUUCGGAGGAAAAUCCUGAACACACUUUCUCUCCAGCCCUACCCUCCUCUCGCGUGUCCGGAAACAGCCGAGUUGAGCUGAUCAGCAGCGAGCUGAUGGAGUGCCAUGAUGUCGCCGUCUCGUACCUGAGCUGGGUUCUGAUCGUUGGGGGCGUGGCCUUCCUGCUUCGUCAGAGGCGGGAGUGCGCGCCGUACGGCAGGUGCAGCCCGGCGGGGGGGCUCUGCUGUCCGGCCUGGCUCGGGUGGUUCCUGCAGGAGGUGCCGGCCUUCCUGCUGCCGCUGCUGUUGCUGCUGCUGCCCGAGGAGGAGCUCACCGAGCCGGGGAGGAGCGGAUGGAGCACUGGGAGGACACUGCUGCUCUGCACCUUCAUGCUGCACUACUUCCACAGGAGUUUUAUCUACAGCUUCCUGACCAGAGGGCGACCCGUUCCGCUGUCCAUCGUCCUGUACGCCGCCGUCUUCUGCUCGCUCAACGGCUUCCUGCAGGGACACCACCUGCUGCACUGUGCACGCUUUGAGCACACCUGGCUGACACGCGCUCGCAUCGCUGCAGGUCUGGUUUUGUUCGGGGUCGGGAUGGUCAUCAACAUCCACAGUGACCACAUCCUGCGGAGCCUCAGGAGGCCGGGAGAGAUCGCCUACAGGACCCCUCAUGGAGGAAUGUUUCACUUCGUGUCCGGAGCUAAUUACUUCGGGGAGAUCGUGGAGUGGUUCGGCUUCGCCUUGGCUGCGUGGAGUUUACCGUCAUUCGCCUUCGCUCUGUUCACCGCCUGCUCCAUUGGACCCAGAGCCUGUCACUACCACAGAGAUUACCUGCAGAGGUUCAAGGACUACCCCCCCUCCAGGAAAGCUCUCAUCCCGUUUAUCCUGUGAGGACGGGAGAGAGAGUCGAUGAUGAUGAAGUAAUCACUUCCUGUGCCUCUACAAACACCUGAUUUCUGUAUGUUUUCUGUCUAUGUAUACGACGAGUUAUCUGGUGUCAUGUUCCUGAAUGUUAUGUGUACUCUGAAGCUGUGGUCUGUCUCUCAGCAGAUUCAUGUUUCAUGUUUGUAUUAAAACUCUGAGACGACAUUGUCCUGAAGACAAACUGAUGAGUUGUACAUUUUUCUGAUCGAAGAGAGAAUAAAGGUCGGGUGAUGUUGUUGGA